UCAGUCAUGGUAGGGGCUGGCAUGGCUGGAGGCUGGCAAGCUCGACGACCGAAAGGACUUCUCCCGCUUUCCACACGUUUGGCACAGUCACUGGUGAGCAAGUCGGUACCAAAGGCGGCAGCACUCCCAUCACGCAGCGCACCACUUCCAAUUGUUGGCUACCGCACGCAUCACGGAAUAAUCAUUCAGACGACAACAUUUCAUGUUUGGUUUUUAGUGAUUUGAAAACAUUCAUCGGCGCACUUGACAUUAGGCGCUACUAGUGUUGACCGUCUUGAAAAAAAAAACAACAAACAAACAAACAAAAGGACAAACAAAACAAAAACUCUGGCCCUUUGGCCGAACGAUGAUUGAGUCAUCUGUCGCUUGUUGGCGCAUUGACCACAGUGGUUAGUGGUACAAUCGAAACGUUUUCAUUUCUCCAACGGUGAUUUAAAAUUUCAGCGACAAGUGCCCAACCCAGGGAAGAGGAGGUGAAAUCUUGUGAAACAGCAGUUAGCGACCCGUUAGCCGUUCGGCACCAGCCCAUGCAGCAAGUUCUCCCGCCCGUCAAAUUAGGUGCUUCCAAUUCGCCAGCGCGAUCGCCGUCGUCUCCGUCGCGACCCUCGUCUUCGUCGCCGAGUGUUACACGGAUCCGUAUGAGCUCUGCUGCUGAGACGCUGGGCGCUGUCGGCGGCGGCAGCGGAAGCAGCGGGGCAGGAGGUGCCGCCACUCCAACUGGCGAAAAUGAAGAUGCUGCCUGGCGGAACACUUUUUACGAGCAUCCCCUGCAUGCAGCCACCAAUGCCAUGUUGCACUUGGGCGGAGGCAACUCAUUGAGCGAGGAAACAUCCGUCAACUCGGUCGGAAGUGUUUUGGUCUCUUACGAGCAUCACUAUUAUCCAAACAAGAGCCAGCAUCAUCACCAAUCGCAUCAGCACCACUCGUUAAUCAACGGUCUGCCUAUUUCGACCUCCGUUCAACCGGGUCAAAAAGACGGCAAAUCCAUGAAUGAACUCUGGCCUAGGAACGGAAUGGGCGGCUCUCAUUCAUCUUCGGCCGACGGAUUGUCCAGCGGCAAAGAAAUCGGUGGUCAAAAUCACCAGUCUCACGAAGGAUCAGCUUCUGAGCCGGACAUUUAUCCACUUGUGAUCAAGAAAGAACCAGAGGACCUGACGAGGAGGAACCUGCGCCACGUCCACCACCACCCUGAUUCGAGAAUCGUGUGCUCCAGCACCAAUGACAAUAAAGUGGACAGUGGAAUAGGCGGCACUGUCAUCUCACGAGUACUGGCCGACGGUGAACUGGUCCACGAGAUGAUUCCUCGUCUCGAGUCGAUAUCUCACGUCAUGAGCGGCAACAACGACAACCGCGAAGGCGCUAACACGUCCGGCUCCGUCAUUCACAUACGGCGCCCUGUCUCGUCUCAACAGUCGCAGCAACACGACGGCGAUUCGAUGAUGUCUCCGGCCGCGCUGGACUUGGCUCGCGCUGGAAUCCAGUCGGCCUUGCAACAGCAAUAUUCGCCGUCUGCGUACAGCAGCAACGGUGGCGCCGUCGGGAACGGGCACCAAAGUGGCUUGGCCAGCAUCCAGGCCGUCAACAAUCACGGCUACGAUUCUUCCCCCGGCCCAGCUUACGGGCUCGUUUCACCCAACGAGCCCGGAGUCUACACGGCGAUACAUCCAUCAUCCACGUUGCGCCAACAGCCGACUGCUUACGCGGUCAGCUCGUCGGUUGGCUCCAGCGAUUCGUUCUAUCGAGACUACUUCAACAGCAGUGCAAAUACUAACAGUAACGCAAAUGCAAAUAGUGGCAGCGGUGAUCAGCAGUAUGCUCGCGCCGUGGCGCAGCUCGCUUAUGGCGAAGGACACGACAGUGCCUUUGGUGAUCGCUUCAUCCGCAAUCAGCCGGCCGUCUACAAGCAGCAGCAGCAAGGCACCGGAUUGACCGUUGACUUGCCGUCGCCCGACAGCGGCAUCGGAGUCGAUGCUGUAACUCCCCGCGACCAGUCCGUCGCCCAACAGAACUUUGAUUACACGGAACUGUGCCAUCCUGGUUUGAUUGGCGAGCAGGCAAUUGAACAUCAAUCAUCAGAGCAACAGCAUCAUAAUAGCAGUGCCCAUGGUGGCAGCGACGAAGGCAGCCGAACUCCAACUUCUGGCGGUGAACACUCCAAAUCGAGCAUGUCACCUGGUAGUGGCCAUCUGAAUUCAUCACGUUCCCGCUCUUGGCACGAUUGCAACCGCCAAAGCGAAGUCGACAAAAUUCAGAUUCCAAAAGUGUUUAACCAGUAUGGAUUCCGAUAUUACCUUGAGUCUCCGAUUUCGACUUCACAGCGGCGAGAAGAUGACCGCAUCACCUACAUUAAUAAAGGCCAGUUUUACGGGAUAACCCUAGAAUAUGUCCCUGAUCCUGAACGACCAUUGAAAAACCAAACCGUCAAGACGAUGGUGAUGCUGGUGUUCCGAGAAGAGAAGAGCACAGAGGACGAAGCCAAGGCCUGGCAGUUUUGGCACGGACGACAACAUAGCGCCAAACAACGAAUACUCGACGCAGAUACGAAGAACAGCUCGGGCCUCAUUGGUUGCAUCGAAGAGGUAGCUCACAACGCUAUAUGUAUCUACUGGAAUCCGCUGGAAAGUUCAGCAAAGAUCAACGUAGCCGUCCAGUGCCUGAGUACGGACUUCAGCAGCCAGAAAGGAGUAAAGGGUUUACCACUCCAUCUGCAGAUUGACACGUUCGACGACCCGCGAGAUUCCAUACCAGUCUUCCAUCGCGGCUAUUGUCAAGUUAAAGUUUUCUGUGAUAAGGGAGCGGAAAGGAAGACGCGCGACGAAGAGAGACGUGCAGCAAAAAGAAAAAUGGUCGUUACCGGUAGAAACAAACGGCUGGAGGAACUUUAUCAUCUCAACGCUGAACGAUCCGAGUUCUAUCACAUGGCGGAUUUGAUGAAACCGCCAACCCUUUUUACUCCGGAUGAUCACGAGAAGCUUGGGGCUUCAAUGGAACUUCCAAGUUUCUAUGGCCAAGAUCACGAAAGGAAAGAAUUUUUGGACACGCACACAAACCUAAUAGGACCGCCGGCUAUAGCUGGGCCUGGUAACAUUGCCACUCUAUAUGCGUCACCUGCUGCCAAAAGGCGGAAAUUAACACCUCCUCCGUGCGAGCGAGUUAUGAUAUACGUGCGCCAAGAAAAUGAAUUGGCCUUUACUCCACUUCAUUUGGUGCCACCAACAUCACUUGGACUUCUAGACGCCAUCGAGAGCAAAUACAAGCUAUCUGCAUCUACCAUUAACAUGCUCUACAGGAAAAAUGCCAAAGGGAUUUUGGCCAAAAUUGACGAUGAUAUGCUCAAGCAUUAUUGCAACGAGGAUUUGUUCAUAUUAGAAAUAACUACAUCGUCGGAAGAGGGAAUGUAUGACAUCACUCUCAAGGAGCUGUACGACACGUGAAAAGUUAAAAACUCGAAAUCUCGAAUUGUCAUACUGACCGACUUAAAGCCAUCGUCCCGCCAUCCAAUAUAUGCUACAUAUAAAUUAGAUUGAUCAUUAGCACGAAAUUGCUAGCAUUGUGCAUUAUCUGAGAUAAUUUGCCUUCUGAUUUCGAUUCCUCAGUGUGACGUUCAAGGAUAUAAGACCGACUCUAACCAGUGAUGCAUAGAUUUGCUAUAAUAGUUUACCGUGAUGAAUAGCACCUGUAAUGCCCAGAAAAGUCUGGAUUUGUACAAGAACUUUACAUUUACAUUAUCCCCAUUGUUUCGGAUGCGAUAGCAUAUCAAGGAGCUGUGUGGUGUAGAUCAUCCAACACCGCUCGCUCUGAUCUCAUACAACACGGCAGCUCACUCACUCUUCAUAGCUCUCUCAUAUCAAUUCUUCAGACUGUUGACUCUAAUCCCAGUCCUCUAGCCAAGCGGCUGACAUAAAAUGAAAAUAUUAAAAAAUAAAAAUGAUAAAAAAAAUAAUAAAAAAAUAAUAAUAAUAAGAAAAGAAAAGAGACGUUGGGAAACAGUUUAGAGUUCUGGAUGAAGGUAAAAUUUGUAUUUAAAUAAUGCACAAUGCCAAAUGUCGAUCGUUGUUGCCAAAUCAAUGAGAUCAACCCAAUCAUGCCAUGCCUCUCCAUCGGAAAUCUCUCUUCCGCGUUGCAUUUGUGCGUACACGCGGAUAUUGUUGUAUGACGGAUCAAGUUAUAAUUUUUCUUUUUCGUCCAGUUGCUUGGCCGACCACGGUCUCGGAUAUACCUGAGUGAAUGUUCAUCUAUGUCGCUAUUUGAAACGGAUGUUUUAAAAAUUAAUGAUAUUGUCUCAAUUGUCCUCCGUUUUGUCUCACAACUUUUAUGCAUGCUACAGGACGCGCUUUCUUUUACAAUGACUAUUAGCUCAAAAGGCAUCAAGUGCUGACAUUCUUUUGAGAGCUUAAAGCCCUCCGUUCGUUCACCAUACCAAUUGCCAAUGAGCCUCUCAAAGGACGUUAAAACCAUGCGGUGUACGUUUUUUUUAUUUUAAUCUCGUGUUCACCCUUAUAUAUCUUUUCAAUACUUGAUAUAUGCAACAUUUUAGCGUUUAUCUUUAUUCCCCGGUAUUUGUUAGCAUUUUUAUUAUUCUGUUUGUUUCACAUGCAGUUUCGUCAAACAUUUCAUUAUGCCACCAUCUCUCGAUGACUACAUAAAUGAAGUGCCGCAUGCAAAAAAAAGUAUGAGAAAAAAAAAUUAAACAAAAAAUUACACAAAAAAAAAGGCAAAACAAAAAAGAAAAACAAACAACAAAGAUACAUUUGUUUGACAUCGUCUAACGAUAGCCAAUUAUAUUCUCUAGAAUGGUCAAAAUAUACAGUUACAAAAA